AUGUCACGAAAGUAUAUUAGAACCGUUCGCCAAAAACCCUAUACCCAAUAUAGCAGAGAACAAAUCAACGCUGCUUUGGCAGAUAAAAUGGCCAGAAUGUCGUAUCGUGACUGUGCAAAAAAACACUGUAUUCCUAAAACUGUACUGCAUAGGCAUUUUACCUUUAAAGCCAAAAACCCUGGAAAACAUAUGAAAAAACAAGGAGGUCAAUGUGUUUUAACUAAUCAUACUGAAAAAUUAAUUGCUGAAUCGUUAAUAACUUGUUCUUCGUGGGGAUAUCCAUUAGGUAUUUACGAUUUACGAUGUAUUGUAAAAAGUUAUUUGGACCGAAAAGGGAAAACUGUUAGGCAAUUUAAAAAUAACAUGCCAGGCCCAGAAUUUUUCAUUAAACCUUAUAAAAUCUAA